AAAAGUCACAACAAAAAAAAAAGUAAAAUAUCAAAAUGGCAGCCACCCGACGAGAGUCGCUCGCUCUCGCCCACUCGCCCGCCGCGAGCACUUACGAAUUCAUUCAUCGCACACACCGAGAAGAGAAUGCGAAUGAACUCACCAUCCAUCCAGAGUCGUGUCCGCACGGAAACUGGAAUUUUGUUGAAUCGACGACGACUACGGACGGAUCGGUGUUGUGUGUGUUGACGACCGACCAGCAAGCAAGCAGCACAGAAGCAAGAGCCGAGCCGUCGUCGACGACGACGACCACGACGGAGAAGAAGAAAAGCAACCAACCAACCAACAUCCAUCCCCGUUCCGAUCCGAGCGAGAGUAGGCAGCGUAGAAAGACAUUUUUUUCGGGUUUUGAAUGAGUGGCAAGUUUCGAAGGUGGACUUCCAGUGUUCGCGAGUCGUGUGCGGUUCCUUUUCCGGUCCGGUUUGUCGGUGAAUCCGCGGACGGAAGACGGAGUUGCAUCGCGGAUCAGAAGUGCAACACAGUAGGCGGAGGCGCUCCGUAGAAGAAAAAAAACGGAAGAAGAAGAAGGUGAAAAUAUUGCCAGCGGAGGAAGAAGAGUGUGGAUUUUUGGUUCGGCCUCGCGAAGCGAUGCCAGCAUAUUUCAAGGGGGAAUCAUUUCGUCGGAGCGGAAAAUCAGUGCAAAAUGGGUUGGAAGGGUAGGCGUUUGUGAAAUAGUUGAGGGUUUCUGGUGUCAAGCUGGAAGUUUUGGUGGUGAACCGUUGCGAGGUUCGGGGGAAACAUUGACAGUGUCGGGGAAAUCUGGCAACCUGACAGCACUGGUUUGUUCGGUUGCGGGCGAGGACAACGGCGAGAGGAGAUUCAUCAAAGUAGGCUCCUCGGUUUCAAGUGCAGGCAGACAGACGGAGACACAGUUUUUCGGGUGUUUGGCCGGAAGAAUUUCUGAUUGUCGCUGUCAGUGACAUGGAGAAAAUUCCGAAGUGUGAUUAGUGUGUAGUCUUGUUUUACACACUGACGGGAGUUUCGAACAAAACAUUCAUUACUGGUUGUACCUCCGCUGGUAUAAGGUGUUCCCCUAAUCGCUACUGUUUGGAUACUGCAUUCGGGUUCGAUGUGUAGUACGGGGGAGUGAGGGCCGAUGAUGGCCGCUGGAGUGCUUUAAUGGACGGCAGCCGGAUCGUGCUGGGAAUCUGUUGUGUUAUCAGAUGUGGGCUGCCAACCUUCAUGGGAUCACUUGCCGUAUGUGCCAAUCCUGUUUGCGAAUGCAAAUCUUCCAGGCAAUGAGUUGUAACAGGAUUCCAAUUAGGCCAUGCUAGGAUACGAAGUCUAUGUCGAGCUAUCAACAAAAUCGAUCACAAUCAGUGAAUCUGUUACAAUCACCGAAGAAAAAACAUCGGUUCCGUGCUGAUCGUGAUUCAUCCCAUUUCGGCGUGAAGGGAUUACUAGCUAAAGUGAUUUAAAGUGACAAAAAUGUUUUUUAGAGUUUUCAGUGCGAUGGCUUGAAACAGUUAUUGGAAAGCGGAUCUCGUAGGGGUUUAUUCCGUAGAAAUCAUUACGGCUGUGAAGGAAGAAAAAUGUUCAAUCAAUCUCAGGGCUUAUAUUUUUCGAUUGAUUUCAUACAAGUGUGAUCAAAAGGCAGUGUGCAGUUGCGAAGUUGAAUGGAAGGAGCUCGAGUAAUAUAGAAUACUAAGCAUAUUUUGAAUGAUAGUGUGUUGUGUGCAUUGUGGCAAAGAAGAAAAUGGUGACGAAGCUCUGAAAAACUCCGAGUGUGAAAACCAUUCGAACACACGAAGGGAAGUCCAAUAACCAAACACAGAAAAGGCUACACACAGGCUACGGACGACGGAGCUAGAGCGAAGAAAAGUUGACAGAUUGCGAGUGUGGAACGGAGGGCCGCGUCGGUGUUAGUGAGCUAGGGCGUAUGUGUGUAUCGGUGACAUAGGGCUCUUUGUACAGAGGCCAGUCAGCCAAGUGCGCGCUGUGGAGAAUCGAUUUUUCCCUCGACGUGACGACGACGACGUUGGAUCUAUGUUUCUCUUUCUCGGGGUCCCCUUCGUAUGCACGGCUCUGGUAGAUUGAGUCGCCCUCCCUUGUAGAUAAAUGGGGGAAGCUCACUACUGUUGGAUGAUCCGACCAAGCCCGAGGUUUAGUCGGUGGCAGGAAGUGUGAAACGGAAAUACAGCACCAGACGGGAGUCGGUGGCACAGCUAGUGUGUAGGGAAACAAACCCAACAAUUCGUCAAACGAACACGUACGCACACCCCCACAAUAGUCGGGAGGAAAGUCGUAGGCAGAUGUGAAACCUUCCUCUAUACUCUCGUUGACGACGCCAUCAGCCGACCAACAACUACAUCAUGUAGAUUAAUGGCAGAUAACUCACGCAUUCACACUUUUCCCCAUACCGAAUACGAUUGCUAUCAAUCGAAUCGUCGCGCAUAGUCGCCAAGAAGCAAUGGGAAUCGGUGUAGUCAAAUUACCCACUUAGAAACACCCCUUCAUCAUCAUCAUAUGCGUCGUCAUAUUGCAGACAUCAGCAAUCUUUCAGCGAUUUCUUUUUGCGCUGACUGCAGCACAAACACCGCGCGUGUGUGUGGUGGAAUCAAGUAGCAGCAGUCAAAAUAAUCAAUUAAUUGAUAAUGUCCUCUUCCAGUGAAAAUUAAAGCCGCACAGAGCAAGGCGAGCCACCACACACGAUCGGUCGGCCAGUCAGCCAGCUUGGAGAGCGCGAGAGCGAUCCAGCGAAGGAAACUGGAAAAUAUAUAUCAAAAAAGGCAGGAAUAAUAAUAAGACUAGAGACAAGAGAUUCUUGAAUCGGACAUUCCACGGCGGCAGCGGUCGCAGCGGUAACGGAGGAACAAGGCGACCGACACCGACAAUCUCGCUCGCUGCUGCUGCUGCACACACAUACGCAGAAACGCGCGGCGCAACGAACGACACACACGCUGUGUGCUCUCCUCGCACUGGAGCACAACAAAUUAAAGGUAUAACGAACAGCAAAAUAAAAAAAAAAAAACAACCAUCAGAACAAACCCACCAACCAGGAGAGAACGAGAGACUCAGCAUACUUCGGCGGAAUCCCACACACAUUCUCAAUAUCCGCGAUAUCUCGCCGUGCAGACCCGCCACGAAUCCUAAACCGUUGCCCCGAGUUUCGCGAUCGGAUCCUGGCGGCAACGGAUCAUGUAUGUAAUCAACCCGAACAGCGGCAAGGACAUCCCAAACACAGGCUACCCCACCAGCACCAGCGGAGCACCAGUUGGGCCAACCGGUGGCCCGGCUGGCACCCACCAUCAGGAGAUCAUCAGUAAAAUCCUGACAAAAUGUGCCACGAUGACCGAUACUGAGCCGGCUGCGAGCACGACCACCACCACCACCGUCAAUGGGACCGCCACCAUACUGUUGUCCCCGUCGGCCGUCCGGCAGCACCACUCGACGGCGGCGGCCGCGACGGGGGGCCUAGUGGGCGUUUCGCCGCAGUCAUCGCCGGCGUCGUCUUCGUCGUCCGCUUCGUCACCGACGGCCGAUGGACCGCACCCGCACAGCAGCUUCGGAGCGGCUGCCAGCAGGGAUAAGGCAGCCAAAGCUGGUGGCGGUGUGGGUGCGGGUGCGGGAACGAACGGAUCUGCGGGAAAGCAAGCAGGCAAUGGCAAGAUCAACGGCAACGGGGCACCGAUCAGUGCUACCAAUGCUCCUGGCGGCAGGCUACAGUUCUUUAAAGAUGGAAAAUUCAUCCUGGAGCUGGCGCGUGCCCGCGAGGGCGAAAAAACCAGCUGGAUCUCGGUGCCCCGCAAAACCUUCUGGCCGCCGACGGUCAGCUCGACCAAUGCCAACUUCCACAAGCACGAAAGCUCGACGUCGCUUAGCUUUUCCGACGACAACAGUUCGGUGCAAUCUUCCCCCUGGCAGCGGGACCACUGCUGGAAGCAGACCAACCCUCGCCCGAACAUCUCCCGGGAGAUGGCACUGUACUACCACCGGCCCGGUUGCGUUCGGUUCAAACUGUCGCGCGACGAGUGGAAGCGGUUACGACUGAAACGGAGGCGACCGUACGACCCAGCCCUGUCGGUUCACAAUGCGGUAGCCUUGCACUAUGAGAUUACUAGGGAUAGAGUUCCUUCGGAGGCAACCCCGUCUCCGCCUGCUACGAUGGAUUUCAAGGUGAACGGGACGGCUUCGGAGACGGGUAGCGAUGAGGACGAGGAGAAGGGAAAGCAGCGGACGAACGGAGUGGAGAAUGGAACGAAAGAUUUCAAAAAUAGCAGGCGGAAGGGAGUCCUGAAGAGGAGAAAGGAUCUGGGAGUGAUAGUGCAGCAGUUAACGGUAAGGGUAGCAAACAGCGCGAACAGUAGUGCACCUCGAUUGCCACCGGCUGGCAUAAGGAGCGUGUUCAACUCGUCUCAUCAGCAGCACGUGUCUCCGCGGAAAAGAAUACUCAGAGAGCUGGAGAAGGUCUCGUUGGAGGAUAGCAGUACUAUGAAAAGAUCUCGUUCGAAACCUGGCAGUAAUAGUACUGUGAUCACGGCGACGACCGCAACUCCGCUGGCAUCGGUUAGUAGCAAUGGGAAUGGCACCGGCAAUUCCAAUAGUAGUAGCAGUAGUAAUGGUAAACUGACCAACGGAGCGUCAGCCGUAGCAGAAUCGCGCACACCAACGAUCCCAACGACGCCGGUUUCGCGGCCCAUCAGUAGCUACAGUAUAACCUCGUUACUCGGGCACAACUCAUCGAGCGAAAGCAGCAACAGUAGUAGGCCGAAGCAGGAAACAAACACUACAACUAGUCAUCAUCCGUACCAGCAGCAGCAGCAGCAUCAAGCUUCUUCGCACUAUCAGUAUCUUGGUAAGGACGUCGUGGCGUCACCAAAAUCUCCCUCCGAAGCGCAUCUAAGUCAGAGGUACUACGGCAAGAAGAAAUCCCCCAGCUAUGGUUCACAGAAUGCAGCUUCUCCAAACCCUGGUACCGAUUACGGUGCCGGCGGCUAUGGUAUGGUGCGAUCGCCGAACCUCAGUCCCAGUCCGGAACACCAAGGCCAUAGUUUCACGCGGUAUCGACAGCAUCCGUACAGUAUCCACCCGACAGUAUCUUCCCCGAGCAGCUAUUCCAGUGUCUCACGAUGUUCACCAUCUCCUACCACGAAUGAUUCUGCCAGUUCGCCAUACAGUGGAAGCGCAAAGUACCGGGCGGCUUAUCUAGCGUCGGGUGGCUCUCCUCCAUCAUCUUCCAAUCCGGCGACGGCCAACUCUCCCCAGCACUAUUCUAGGCAAUCUCCUCUCAAUUUUGCCCGAUCCCCUCCUCCUUCUCAGCACCAAGCAAACUACCCACCGAGCAGCAACCAUCUACGGAGCAACUCCGGGAAGGACUCUGCCUCAUCACCUCGGGCAUCGCCUAGCGUUGAACCAAUCCGGGUGCCAGCCACUACCCCCACCUCAUCUAGUUCGACACCCAGCAUCCGAACUGUGCCAAAGAAAACCGCUGCCCUUCGGCAACAAUUCGGUUCCCCUUCUUCGUCCCCAUCGGCCGUCGAUGCCGCCACUAGGCGCGAACGAUCCAACUCGAAUGCCUCAUCGACAUCGUCAGAAAUCGCCCGUACGGCUCACUUCAAGAAGGAGCUGGACUACGCCGAACGAUCUGCCGCCGCUACCGAUACCGUAGACGGACACCUGCCAUCUGUACCGCACUCCGCUUCGCAACAACCGAGUCCGGUGAUCCGUCCGAGUACGGUUAUCGCGUCACCCACUCCGCACCAUCCGGCUGUUGCGAAUCCAUUCUAUAUGUACCCGCCUCAGAUAGCUGCCUCGCUGCUAGCCGCCCAGCAGUCCAGUGCUGUUCCCUUCCUGCCGGCAUCGCCGCUCACAUCGUACUACCAGCACAUGUACAGCCAGGCCGCUAUGGCGGCAGCCGCCUACCGGAGUCCCCUUUGGAUGCACUACCAGGGCAUAUCGCCACAUGCAGCGGCAGCAGCUGCCGCCGCCGCGGCUGCCGUUUCCCCACCCAGUGCCCCUCCGCCACCGAGUAGCAGUAGUAGUAGUAUCAACAGUUCCAACCGAGACGCACAACAGCGAGAUUCCAGUCGAUUACAUUCCGCCACCGCCGGAACCGGUUACAAUCACGGUGCCAACAGUAGCAGUGGUAGCGCCAACACCUCCUCCAGCCACAGCAACAACAACAACAACGGAAGCAGUUCUUCCCCAUCGCCGGGUGCAAUGGCACUGAACUACAGUGCUGCGGCCCUAGCGGCGUCCUCUCACCAUCAUCAUCAUCCGCAGCAUCCGCUUCCGCAUCAUCCGACGCCACACCACAGUCAGUGGAGCGUUUCCCACCAUGAUGCGCCGCCAUCGGCAUCGGCAACGACGACCAGUGGAGCGACGAACAGCGCCAAGGAAGACCUCGGAGCAGACGUUCCGCUCAACCUGUCGAAGCACUGAAGACGAAACAGCCAAACAUCGGGAAACAACGCGAGAUUCGGUUCAGUAACUGCAUCAGUUACCGAGGAGGUGUGAUGAGGCACACUGCAGCAUUCCUGCGCCCAUGAGCUAUUUAACACUACGCCUAGCGUACAAAAACAAACAAACAAAAAAACAACCAUCAGUCCUUGCGUGCAUCUUCGUCGUCCAAUGUUGAAUUGUGAAAUCAAAGCUGUUCAUGUACCUAAGUGUAAUUGUGGUGGCUUUUGGUAGAACGCCUUAUCAGAAAUUAAUGGGAAACUAUAUGGUAAAAACAAAACGGAAACAAUUGUAACAAUGGAACUGUAUUUUUUGUGUAUAUUUAUUGGAGAAGGGACAAACGAAAAUCGAAACUAUAUAGCUGUAUGCUUUUUAGUGUUGGUGUGAUUCCGCUGGUUGAAUACAUUUAUGUAUAUCGUUUUUAAGGAAGCCUAUAUAUCUAUACAUAUAUAUAUUUGCAGAGAAGCAGAGAACAAGAGACAUUUCGGAGAAGGGUCCAGACUACAAAAAAGAUUGACAUUACAAAAAAACGAAGAAACCCAAGGUUUACACUAUUUUCCAAACAAAAGGAAGACAAACAAAAAAGAGGAAAAACUAUUUUUGCUAAAAAGUUGUAAUAAAUUAUUUGUGAAAAAAGAGAAAUUAAACGGAUAAACUAUAUACAUGUAACAUAUAUACACGCAUCUACAUAUAUACACGUAACAGAAAUAUUUUUAUAUACAAGAAUGAAAAUACUUGCAAAACGAAUCAAACAAUGAAUUUUUACUCGGUACAUUUUAGUACUGAAACCUAUUUAAACAUCUUUUCGAAAGUGCUUUUGGCAAACGUGUAUUUUUGACAUCUUUCGGAGAAGAACCAGACGAGUCAAUUACAUGAUUCGAACCGUGGCGCAAUUCAUGAAAAUAGAAUACAAAAUGGCGACAUAAACCAAAUUCAAACACCUCCAGGGGGAGGUGGUGCAGCGCCAUCUCUUAGCGAAGCAGGCGCUGGCCCACUUCCAUUCCGUUCCUUUUAAAAAAGAAACUCAUUUUACACACAAAUAUUCCAUAUGCUUUUUAUACCGAUAUCAGCUAAUCCCGCAACUGAAUGUGUAUUUGUAGCCGCUUUCUCCUAUCAUAACCGCCAAAAAAUCCACGUGUCCUGUCGAAUGUCUUUCAAUGGUGUGUGUGAAAACCCUCAUCCUAUAUGCCUGUCCGCUUUCUCGUUCGUUCCUCUCUCACUUUUUUUUCUAAUACUGCGUGGUGGCGAGAGAUACGUUAACACAACAAGAAUCUCAUUCUCUCAUCAGGUGCCACUCAUCGAAAACCGUGUAACUUUUGUCAUUAGAGAGCGAGAGAGAACUUUGUGUUUGAAGCAGAAUUGUCGCUAACACGAACUUGUAAUGUGUAUAUUUCUAUUCAUAGACUGAAACAAAAGAACUACUACUUUUAGUUAGGUCGCUCGUGCAUGUGUAUAAGUGUGUGAGUGUGUUUGCGUUGUACCAAUAUCUAAUAUAUACUAUUAUACGUACGAGAGAUAGAGUGUGCGUUGUAUGAGGCGAGCGUGUGUGAGUGUGAGCGAAAUUGUUUCUUUUGAAGGGCCAUUUACAUUGAUGAAACACAACAACGGUGAGAUGAAAUCAAAUUAUCCAAAAACAAAAACAAGAGUAACUUGCAACUGAAACAUUCUCAAGAAAGAAACAAAAAACAGCCAAUCAAAUUCGCUAAAAAAAACAACAAAAAGUGCAACAAGCUAAUCUAGAUCCGCGUAGAAUAUGUGGAGGGAGGAAAACCGAAGGAGUAACAAAGAAAAAGAAGAGAUAUUUUUGUGCUAUUUUUUAUACAUCUGUAGAGCAGAGUAAACGACGUAAUUUAAAACUAAGAAGAAUGACACAUUUCGGCCGAUAUUCCAGUUUUUAAAAACACGAUACAACCAGUUCCAUAGAGAGAAAGUAACUUAUAUAAACACACAUACAGCUUAGAAAACGAAGAAAACAAAGAACAAAAACUUGCAUAUUAAAAGAGGAAUCAAAAGUCAAACACAAAACAAUUGCAACACGAGAGAACAAAAAAAACAAAAACAAGUGUGCCUUUCAAAACAACAACAAAAAUUACAAAACCAAAAAGAACGAUAAAACAAAA